CAAGCCUCCGCGUCAGUUUGUCGGUAUCCAGCGCAGCAUUUGCGUCGUGAACCAACUGGUCGAGUAUACAAGAUGGCUGUUGUUUGAAGUUGACGCCGAGUGCUAGCUAGUCUAAUGAUUGAAUAUCGAUUUUGGCAUAUUGUCAAUUGAGUGUCGGCUCUGAUCUCAGUAGAAUAGCAAUAUUCGAUUCCUGUGAAUUGUUGAUUUUUAUUUAAUUAGUGCCUGAUAGCUAUUUAUUUUCGUAAAAAGUGCUGUGAUAUUAAGUUAGGUCUCACAAAGUGUUCCUUGGUCGGUGGAUUUCGACCUGCAUUUUCUUAUUCGUGUUAUUUCUGAAUCGCCUGUGUAAUCUUCAACAUGGUUGAAAGCAUUUUGGAAGAGACUGAGGGCUGUCUGUCCAACCACAACGUUAUCUCUGUCCUGCGAGACAAGACCAAUGAUGUCGCUGCACGCAAGGAGGAGGCGUGCAAGAAACGCAGGAAGAAGAGAACAACCACCAGUCUGGUCUCAUCCUGUUUCCAAGAUUUGUACAGACUGACAGGUGAGGUGCUGGGGAAGGGAGCGUACGCAUCAGUUCAGACGUGUGUAAACCUGCUCACUGACUUGGAGUACGCUGUCAAGAUCAUUGAGAAAGUCCCCGGCCAUUCUCGCGCCAGGGUGUUCAAAGAGGUCGAGACUUUCCACCAUUGCCAGGGCCAUCCAAACAUCAUUCAGAUGCUUGAGUUUUUCGAGGACGACAAAAGGUUCUACCUCGUCUUUGAGAAAGUGGAGGGAGGUCAGCUUCUCUCCAGGAUUCAGGAGAGAAUCCAUUUCACCGAGAGAGAAGCGAGCAUGAUUGUGCGAGAUUUGGCCAGCGCUCUUAACUUCCUUCAUUCUAAAGGAAUUGCCCAUCGCGAUCUCAAGCCAGAGAACAUCUUGUGCGUUCACCGUGACCAGCUGACUCCAGUGAAGAUCUGCGACUUUGACCUCGGCUCAGGCAUCAAGUUCAACAGCUCACUGUCGUCUCCUCUGGCCACGCCUCAGCUGCUGACACCGGUCGGCUCCGCAGAGUUCAUGGCACCGGAGGUGGUGGAGGCGUUUGUCGGCGAGGCGAGCAGUGUUUAUGACAAGCGCUGCGACCUCUGGAGUCUGGGAGUGAUAGCAUACAUCUUGCUGUGUGGCUACCCUCCGUUCUACGGGCAGUGUGGCCGCGACUGCGGGUGGGAGCGUGGGGAGAACUGCACCUAUUGUCAAGAGAUGCUGUUCACAAGCAUCCAAGAGGGCGUUUAUGACUUUCCGGACAAGGAGUGGUCGGAGAUCUCGUCCGACGCCAAGGACCUGAUCUCCAAUUUGCUGGUGAAGGAGGCGUCGCUGAGGCUGAGUGCGGCAAGUGUAAUGUCACAUCCGUGGGUGCUGCAACAACAUCAGGUCACCCAGGGCAGGGCACUCACCACCCCUCAGGUCAUUCGGAGGAACAACAGUGCCAGAGAGUUGUCCGCUUUUGCGGAGUCUGCGAUGGCUUGCAACAGAGUAGUGUUGCAACACUUCAGCAUGACCGGGGACUCUGUAGUGGACCAGUACCUGGCUGUGGAGAACGGAGGCAAGGGUCUGCCCUUCGGACUGUCUCCACCGUCAGAAUCCCGUCUGGUCCAGCGUCGUCUGCUAGCCAAGUCUCAAGAGAUGCCCCCGAUCAUCACCACACUUAGCGGAUAGUCAUCACGCCAUCCCACCUUCGACAAAUCUUUCAUGCCAAAAAAGUAUUUUGUUUAUAGCAGUUGUGUCUUAACUGCAAUUGGCUUUCUUUAUUGUUAGUUAUAUGAGUCUGUAAUUAACUUUGGUAUAAAAAACUGACUGAAUGUAACUAGGGUAUAGUUUAUUUUUGCUGGAUUCUCUGACCCGUAGUUUCAACGUCCAUGUGGUUUAGAAUCUAGUUAAUCUAGACUCUUGACGAUCGCCGUUACGGUUUCCUCUUGGAUUGGCUUUGUUUUCAAAAUUGGCCAUAUGGAGUAGACUUAUAGUUACUGAAAAAAUUGAUAGCUUUAUUGUACUGAGGCGACUGUAUAUCAAGUAUUGUUAAGUCUAUCGUACAAAUAUUAGAGUAAGUAGCAACUCGAUUUUCGGGUGCUGUUUUUGCUUUUGGGAUCUGUGCUAAAAUUCCAAUUUAUUGACUUUUUAUUUGCAAAUUCCAAAUUCUCCGUUUCUAGUUUUUCUUUAACCACUCAAUUUAUAAACUAUCCUCAUUAUAUUUUGCCUAGCCUUUAUCCCAAAAGGUACAAAACAGAAGAGGGAUAUGUAUAUUAUUCUGUUCCAAAUGUUAAGAUAGAUCGGAGUGAUGCGAUGUUAAAGCGAGUUUUGUAUUUUUCUAAGUUUUGUACAUAGUCUAUAAAUAUGACUGAUGUGUGAGUGGGAGCCUGAAAGGUUUAUGAGUCAGUGAGUGUGUCCGUGUGUGAAUGUAUAACCAGAGAAGAAAGGAGUUUUGUUAAUGGUUAAAUGGAGAUGAUGCGUCUUUUUGUAAAAGUUCAAAAGUUUUUGUAUUGCAUUUCCAAAAAUCUGAAGUCACAAGAUGUAUUGUUUCAUUUAAUGAAUUUGGUAUUAAUGUUUCAUCAUAUUUGUAAUAAUUCAAUAACCAUUUCAUACAUAAUUGUAAUACUUAGUUAUCAUUUAUAAUUUUUUCAUCAUUGAUAGAUAUUCUUUCAACACAGACCUAAUAAUUUCAAAUCGAAGUUUUGUUAAUAAAAAUGACUGACAUGAC